UGGUUUGUCCAUGUCCGCUGUGUGUUUUUGCGCUCCUCUGCGCAGGCCCCGGGGUGUCUGCGCAAAAGCAGGGGAUCCUGAGAGGGAGGUUAAAAAAAUAGAAAAGGAUCCGGGAUACAAGGUGUAAGCGACAGGGAGGAUUCACACGACUCUGUCAGCAGCGCAGCUUCACCGACAGUCCUCCGCAGCUAAAGUCACAUGCUUCGAGCAUGGCCCGGUACGAGGACUUUUUUGGAAGUGCAGAAAUCGGCCAUCGAAGAACUCACCAUGAAUAAAAACAAGAAAGACAAAGAGUUUUACAGCGUAGAUGUUGGAGAUUCCACAUUCACGGUGCUGAAGCGGUACCAGAACUUAAGACCGAUCGGCUCAGGAGCGCAAGGAAUCGUCUGCUCUGCGUACGAUCAAACCCUCGAUCGAAAUGUCGCCAUAAAAAAGCUAAGUCGGCCAUUUCAAAACCAGACUCAUGCCAAGAGAGCCUACAGAGAACUAGUCCUCAUGAAGUAUGUCAACCACAAAAAUAUCAUCGGCCUCCUAAAUGUAUUUUCACCACAAAAGUCAUUAGAGGAAUUCCAAGAUGUGUACUUGGUGAUGGAGCUGAUGGAUGCCAACCUGUGCCAGGUCAUUCAGAUGGAGCUGGACCACGAGCGGCUGUCCUAUCUGCUCUAUCAAAUGCUGUGCGGCAUCAAGCACCUCCACUCUGCCGGCAUCAUUCACAGGGAUCUCAAGCCCAGCAAUAUAGUCGUCAAAUCUGAUUGCACUCUAAAGAUUUUGGAUUUUGGUUUGGCCCGAACGGCAGCUACAGGCCUCCUGAUGACGCCAUAUGUGGUUACACGCUACUACAGAGCGCCGGAAGUCAUCCUGGGUAUGGGCUACCAAGCUAAUGUGGACAUAUGGUCUGUGGGCUGCAUUCUGGCAGAAAUGGUGCGACAUAAAAUCCUCUUCCCAGGAAGAGACUACAUUGACCAGUGGAACAAGGUCAUUGAGCAGCUAGGAACUCCAUCUCAGGACUUUCUGAUGAAGCUCAAUCAGUCAGUAAGAACCUACGUGGAAAACCGCCCACGAUAUGCCGGAUACACCUUUGAGAAACUUUUCCCGGAUGUGCUCUUCCCUGCUGACUCCGAUCACAAUAAGCUAAAAGCCAGCCAAGCUAGAGAUCUCCUAUCUAAGAUGUUGGUGAUUGACGCCUCCAAGCGCAUUUCUGUAGACGAAGCCCUACAGCAUCCAUACAUCAACGUUUGGUAUGAUCCAGCAGAAGUGGAAGCACCUCCUCCUAAGAUCCCAGACAAACAUCUGGACGAGAGGGAACACACAGUGGAAGAGUGGAAAGACCUCAUUUAUAAGGAAGUUACGGAGUGGGAGGAAUGGACAAAAAACGGAGUGAUAAAAGGCCAGCCACCCCCUUUAGGUGCAGCAGUGAUCGACAGCCCCCCCCAGCCCACAUCCUCCGCUUCCUCUUCGACCAACGACGUUUCAUCCAUGUCCACGGAGCCCAGUGACCCCAGCAGUGACCCCACCAUGGCAUCAGAAACAGACAGCAGCUUGAACGGCCACACCUCUCUGAGCAUGCUGGCCUGCUGCAGAUAACAUCCAUGCAGCCACUGCAUGAGGGCAUCAUGGAAGAGUGUUGAGCAAGAGGAAAACUUUAAAUGUACAGUUUGCUUUCAUGUCCCUAUGCUGCUGUAAAUUAUUGUGAUUGAAAACUGUAAGACUUAAGAGUAUGUUUUCAUGUGGAAAUGUGAUUCCUGUAACUGAAGAAAGGGAUUGGGGCGUGCUUUACUCGCUGCUGUUUUCAGCCAAUGAUGCAUAGUCUGAUGCCCUCCUGGACGGCACUGCAGUGUCAUGUUUGGCUGUAAAUAUAUUGUUUUUCUUUGUCAAUUCUUUGUUUUCAACUUUCGAAGGAGAUAAAUCAACCGGUAGAUUAUAGCACACAUCAUCUUAGACCUAAAUGUAAAUGGAUGGUUUUAUUUCAUUUUUCUACAUUGAUUUUUUUUGUAGGUAUAAAGUAGAUAUUAGUAUAUUGAAGUAUUUAUUUUUAAAUUAUGUCCGUAUGGAUUUUCACAGUCCAGAAUUUUCUUUUUGCACUGUAUAAUACUGUAAACUGACUGUAUUUUAGCUUCAUGGUGAUUUUCAGGUCGUCUAGAUGAGUGAGAAAAAGGUGAAUGUAAAAGAAAAGAGAUGGAGCUGUUACUCCUGUAAAACAGUUUUUAUUGGCCCUUCCACUGGCUACAUGGUGUGCUGUUGUUAGGGAUUGUUAUCAGAAACUAAAUCCAAAUCAAAAAAUCUUUUUUGGCUGUGUCUGUCGGACAUGAUUCACAACGCUCUACUGUUGAGAUUUAUUUUGAAGUGCCCUUACUCGUGUUUUUGUCCUCUGUGGCAGGCACUCUUCUUUUUAUUUUCUUAUUUUGAGGUCUACCUCACACACUCACACACUUGAAGAUGCAGCGUCAGGCUUGAAAUGAUUUGAAAGAAUGACAAAAUAAAUUUGUUUUCAGUUUAAUUCAAGCUAUAUAUAUUUUUUGAAACAUACAGGUUCUUCUAAAGUACCAUUUAUAUGCAUUUAGUUUCUUCUCUUUGUGUGGUAAACUCAUAAAUAAUAUGGUAAGUGCUCGAUCUGAACACCUCAGAAUUAAGAACCAGGCUGCCGUGGUAACUUUUAAAUAUGUUAGAUCACUCUAGAUUUCAUUUUUUUACCUUGUCUUAGCUAGGAUGAAAUAACCUCAGCAUUAACCCAGAGUUUGGGGAUUAAGGCCCUCCCCCUCACUAACUUUCCUGACCUCCUUUUCUUUUCUUGUCCUGUAAUUUCUGAAAAAUGGAACCAGUGGAAUGGAGCCACACAGGAGUUCUCUUUAAGCAUCUGUUCAAGCCUCAAAUGUUAUACAAUAAAGGCAUUCGGCGCCUUUGGGACGCUCUUCUGAGGGUUUGGCUGAGAGUUGACCAGUCUGAAAUUUUAGAACCACGGUUGCAAAAAUUUCAACCUUUGGCUCUGACAUUUCUUCAGCAGACUCAGUCCAUGUACAUCGGAAACUUCUGUUCCAACAAAUAAAGAUUUCACAUCUCG